AUGGAGUCUGCCAUUCGCGAACGCGUUGAACACUGGUUCGCGAAGCGAGGGAACGGGGAAGGUGAGGAGGCAAAUGGAGCCGCUUCUUCCGCCUCAGAUGAGGAAAUGAUGAAGGCUGCCGGGGAGGAAAUGGUGGAGCUGAUACUCGAUGGACGCCAGUUCAAGUCUGUGAGCCACGAAGCGUCCGAUCUGCUGCAAAAACUGCAAGUUCUUGGCAAGUUCACGUGCAACCAGACCGGCCUGCACUCCGUUGAAGGCUUCCCGGUCAUGCCCAGCGUAAAGACGUUGGAGCUGACCGACAACCACAUCUCGGGUGGCCUUGAGGCUCUCGUCAAAUCUUUCCCGAACCUCAAGCGACUGCAGUUGGGUGGAAACUACUUCCGCACCUUCGAGGUUCUGGAGCCCCUGAAAGAUCUGUGCAACCUCGAGCACUUGGGUUUGGACAUGAGUCCCAUCAGCAACCAGAGCGAGUACCGGCAGAAGGUUUUUGAGAUGUUCCCCCGUCUGGUAGUGCUGGAUUCCACUGACAAAGACGGAAAAGAAGUCGAGGCGGCGGACUCCGAUGAAGAGGACGAGGAAGAGUAUGACGAUGACGAAGAAGCAGAUACCACGUUGAAGGAUUUCUACGAGAAGGAUUUGGAGGACGACGACGAAGAGGACGAGGAUGACUUCAACCCAGACGGGGAAGAGGAAGAAGACGAAGAUUUCGACGAAGAAGAGGAGGAGGACCGCCUGGAAGGUGAGGAGGCGUGCGAAGGCGCGGAGGGCGAGUUGGAGGGGAAGAAGAGGAAAAACGAUGCUGGAGAGGACGAGAACGAGGCAGUGAAACACGCACGCCUGGGCGAUCUCUGAGGCAUUGCAGAGAAUGGGGCCACCAGUGCAGCGAGCAGCCGGUCCGAAGACGCCGGAGUCGCGGCUAGUCCUCCAAGCAAACAAGCACUGCGUCCAGAAAAAUGGAAGAAGAAAUGAAGUUGAGCGAAAGGGGAGAAAUGAGAGAACACAGCGGACAGGAGGAGAGUACAUCUACGGUGACACGUGAAGACGGGGUCACGAGCAGAGAAUUCGCACUGCUCAGGAAGCCUCUGAUGGACUGAGGGUGCAUACACUUGCAGACAAGCUGGGAUGUGCGUGUGUGGGUGGAUGAAAGGACUGAGACGGACAGUGUCGCGCGUGCUCGUAGAGCCUCCAAAGGGGACAGUGGGGUGCACAUCAAAGGGGCAACCCGGCGGCUGUCUAGGUAGCGGUCGUAGUCGGACGGACUGUGCUUCGCUAGCGGGCAACCUGGAGUGUAGAGCUCGUCUGAGUCUCUCAGGUGUAGCCACACCCGGUAGGGCUAGCGCUUGUGUGGAGGUCACCGCCCCCCCCCCCC